GCGAGCGGUGGGGUAGGCUGCUGUAAGUUCCAGCCUUGGAGGAGAGAUCUGCUCAGCACAGCAAGAGGUGCGGAGCUCACCGGCGAAGAAACGCCGAGCGAGCAGUUUUCGGUGGGGUCGGUGUUCCCACCUGGGAACUGUCUCGUGGAGUCUUGCCAGCAAAUGGGCGAUUAAGGAAGAAGAGCGGGGAAAUGGACUGCUAUUUGCGUCGCCUCAAACAGGAGCUGAUGUCCAUGAAGGAGGUGGGUGAUGGCUUACAGGAUCAGAUGAACUACAUGAUGGGUGCUCUGCAAGAACUGAAACUCCUACAGGUGCAGACAGCAUUGGAACAGCUGGAGAUCUCUGGAGGGGGUCCUGUCCCAGGCUGCCAAGAAAGCCCCCAGACACAGUCCAAGCACCUUCACUGGGCGGGUGGCAGAGGUCCUGCCAGACCUGGAGCCUGCUCCCCAUCCAGCCAACCUUCUCCAGGCAGCAGCACCAAAUUUCCAUACCAUAGGAGUCUCUGUGGUAGGGAUCUUCCUCCCCUGCCCAGGACACAGCUGCUGAAGCACCAAAGCUGUGCCCAGCAGGGGCCAGAGCGAGUGGAACCAGAUGACUGGACCUCUACAUUGAUGUCAAGGGGCAGAAAUCGGCAGCCUCUGGUGUUAGGGGACAAUGUGUUUGCAGACCUGGUGGGCAACUGGCUAGAUCUGCCAGAACUGGAGAAGGGUGGGGAGAAGGGUGAGACUGAGAGGGAAGGAGAGCACAAAGGAGAGAAAGGCCGACCCCGGGACCUGGGCCACAAGUUUGCCCUAACAGCAAACAUUUUUAGGAAGUUUUUGCGUAGUGUGAGGCCCGACCGUGAUCGACUGCUGAAGGAGAAGCCAGGCUGGGUGACACCCAUGGUCUCUGAGUCAAGAGCAGGACGCUCUCAGAAGGUCAAGAAGCGGAGCCAUUCCAAGGGCUCUGGACGUUUCUUUUUCCCAAGUCCAGGGGAUCCCAGACAAGGAGAAACUUCCCCAACAAGCAGCCCCAAGGCCAUGGAUCCCUCCCCCUCGGGUUUUGAUAUUAACACAGCUGUUUGGGUCUGAACACUAGAGACCGAAAGUUGGCUGAAUCUAAAAGGCUGGGCCCCUAGGGAGCAGGGCAGGCAGGUGGUAUGGCCUUCUGAAGCCCAAAUCCAAGUUCCUUUCCCCCAGAAAGGAUCUCAGGCAGAGCUGACCAGAAUGCAGCUGGGAGAGGCUGUCACAGGGCUUCCUGGUGGAGGAGGUGAGUUCCUGGAGAGAAUAUGUGUGUGUGUGUGUGUGUGUGUGUGUGUGUGUGUGUGUGUGUGUGUGGUCACUUCAGGGGCUGGAGAUGACAGUAGGGGAGGAUCAGGGGAGGAGACCAGAAAAUCCCUCUGACAUUACUCUGCUGCACUCAAAGACCUCAGUUGAACAUUCUGUAUGGAAAAGGGCACUGGGGCCACAGGUGCCACAGAGACCCCUAAUAAAGACCUGUCUUUGGUGCCCUCAACCUUAUAUCUGUCUGCUUCCCUGGCUUGGCAUUGCCAUAGGCAGAAGGAUUGGGGGUUAGAGAAGAGGAAGACAAAUCCCCACCCCUAGCUUUCUUCUUGCCAUGGAUUUCAGCCCAUACCUGGAUCCUGUAUAUAGGCUGAAUGAGGAAGUCCAUGUAUAAGGUGUGUUUUCCCAAAAGCACAGGGAAGCAAUGAGGUGAUGUAUGCCACUGUGCAGUGUGGAAAGCCCUUUCACAUCAAGCUCUCUAGUCUGUGGGCAAGGCAGGCAUUACUGUUUUCCAGAUGAGAUGGCAACCUACAUUGGUUACCUGUCCCAGAACACACCACUGGGAGGUGAGCAGCCAGGCCAACUGGAAGGUGGAUGCUGUGAUCUGGAUUUACACACUGGCCCUUAACAGCUGUCUGUUGCCCACCCCAACAUCCAGCCUCUUGGUUUAACUCUCGGGGCAAAACAAGUAAAUUGACCAGUGAGGUGAGGGUGAGCCCAGAAGAAAUAUUCCUAGCCCCAACUCGGGGCUCCUCCGUUUCCAAACUAGGCACGGGCCUGGGUUACCCUGCUCACCCUGAGAUUUGUUAAACCCGAGAGUUCCAGAUCUGCUGUGCCCGGGCUUUCUGAAAGUUGCUGGGGUAAGGGGCCCAUGGCGAUGGCACAGAUCUAGGGCCCGCCUUGAUCCUCCCACUCUGGCAGGAACGUCCAGUGGCCGUGAGAGGACAACGCGGGUCCCUGUCUGGGCCAAGCUGCCCAGGAGGAAGAGUCCUUGCUCCCCUCUCUCCCCCUCCCAGCGGACCACUGCUCAGUCUGAUGGGGUGUGACAGCUGCAAUUAGAGGCAAGAUGCAUUCCCGCCUUCAGAGCAUUAAGAGCAAAGUGGAGAAGAAAAAUAACAAGAAAGGCACCACUGACUGCAGCCUGGACCCCCAGGGGGUGGAGAUGGAAGGGGGGGGGGUGCGCAGCAACUGUGGUUAAGGUCACCCUCAAGUCCCACCUCAAUGACAGAUGGUUAGUUUUGGUAGGGUGGGCUAUAGGAGGGACACAGAGGCACUUGUUAUGAGUACCGCUAUUUCAGGGAAGUGUGCACAUCUCUUUCAAGCUUUGAGUGACCCUAGAAAGAAUUUUCCAGGUACAGCAAUGGAGGCUCUUAGUGAGGUCAUGCAAACUGCCCAGGUCUGGCUGCUAGCAAACGAAAAGAACCAGAAUUUGAACCAGAGGGUUAUUUGGCUCCCAAACCCCUAUUCUUUCUACUCUACUUCACCUGCAAUUUGCCAAGAGUUCCCUCUUUCUGGAGGAGAGAGCCCCUGUCCUGUGUCUCUCCCCAGUGAACUCUUGACAGUCCUGUGAAGGCAGGUUGGCUGUGGCUGCCUUUGGUGGUGACGGUUGAUGUGUGUGUCCUGAUGUGUGUGGGGGGACAGUGCACGUGAAGAGUCCACACACUGAUUUGCUGCUUUCUGAGAGGAGGGCCACCCAGCAAAUUAUUCAGGAUGACACGAGCUGAGUCUGGUCUGAUUCCAUAGGAAACCAAGUCACCUCUGGCUAUUCAUCUGUGACUCGUCUGUUUUCCUGGGCUGGUCAUAGCAGUUCAGAUCAACUGAACAAAACCCGAUGAAUUCCACCCAGUGCCAGCACUGGUGCUAGGAACCUAGAACAGCACCACGAGAAGGACCCAGUGCUGACCUCCAGGGAAUCCAGUGGAAAAGGGAGAAACAGACUUAACCAUCAACUAACCAGAACAGAUUCAAGGAACCGAAGACUCAUUUAACAUGGGUCAGAACAAAACAACUAGGAAGUGAUAUCUGCUGCCAACAUAAUUCACAGGUGCCAGGCACCUUUGCCUUUGUGCUAUUUCCUUUUCACUACACACUGGAAGUGAGUGCUGUUACUCUUAUUUUACAUGUGUAGGCUCAGAGAAGUUAAACAACUUGUUCAAGAUCACAUAGCAGAGCUGGGGUUCUAACAUUUCCCAUUCACUUCCAAUCUUGGGCCUUUUAUCUUACCCCCAAAACUGUUCCAGAGGUAAAUCAAGAACAAAACCUGUCCUACCCCAUAUAUAAUAAAUGGCAUGCCAACUGUGUGGUGGAGGAAUUCUGCCUGGGUCUUGAUGUAACAUCCCAUCCACUUUCAUGCUUUGCUAAUCAAAGAUUAUGAUGAUUCACUUACCCUCCUAUAAUUUUUACUUUUCUGUCUCCUUCUGGGGUCCUGCUUCGACAAUGAUGGAAACUACUUUGCUGAGGCUGAGUGAACAAAUGAAUGGGAAUUAUCCUAGGGCCUAAGCAAUGCAGGACAGCGUAAGAGAGCCAGGAACAGGGUGUUUGGGGAGGAGAUAGUGAAAGUAAGCAGAGAGAAACUGACAGCUUAAUUCUGCCUCUGGGGCUCAUUUUAUGGUUAAUUAGGACAUGCAAAUGAACUGGAAGCUCAUUUAAUACCCGCCCUGGCAUGCAGCUCCACCCCACACCUGGCCCAUUUCCCUGGUAGGUACAGGGGCCCCACUGGCCCAGGCAUCUGCUCAGGUCUCCACCUGCUUAUUUGUGGCUGGAUGGCCAGAACUAGAGAUGUUUUCUAACCAUAGUGGAACUAAAGGGUCCAUGCUGGGACUGGUGGGACCUGCUCCUUCCAAUCUUUCAGAUCCAGGACCUCUCUCUCUCCUCAGGCACUUCCUCUGAACCUCACCCCUCAGGGUGAUGUCUGAACCCAAACUAAUGAAAACCUGGUUCAGUUAUGCCCCAUGUAUUCCCACCUACUCCCCAGAGGCUUGUCUUUUCCAAGUCACACCAACACUUCCUGCAGGGCCCAAGACACCCAGUCUCCAGCUUCCCCAAAGCAGCUGUUAAUCUGCCUUGGGUGACCUUCCCACCCAGGCAGUUAAAGUACUUGUACCAGCACAAUGGUAUGAACACUGGAUUUGGAGUCAAAGAGACCCAUUUCUGUCACUGUGCACUUGAGCAUGUCACUUGACUUCUCUGAACCUUGUUUUCCUCAUCUGUGAAACACGGAUAAUGCACCGCUGCGGCAAGGUUUAGAGGACACAGUUCACCUUGGGGCGGGGGUCACACUCACUGCCUGGAACACUGACUCCACCAAUACUGCACUACCUAUUCCCUAGGGCAGCACUGAGCAUGUGACCCAGACUAAAACAAAAUAAAGUGUUUUCUCUGAGCCUUGGUAUCUUGUUAAAAAAAAUUGUAUACUGACUCUCACUACCUCACAGGAUUGUGGCAAGGAUUGGAGAAGGUCACAGGUGCAAACAUGUUUUUGUAUAUGGUAGAAAUAUGACCCAGAUGGGCUAUUACUUGCCAGUGGCACAUACAUACUGUUCUGUGGAGGGAUGAUAUACAGGGUGUUGCAGGUAGAGGAGGGUGCUGUUUGGGUCAAGUCCAGGAGAAGGUGUUUGAGGACACCACUGCCUGAGGAUCAAUUUACUCUAGGGACACUGCCACCACCCCUGUACCCUGCUCUCCCUCAUUGUCAACCCUGGGACCUCAAUUCUUGGCGGGGGAGAGUACGUGAGUCAAAUCCUAAUGGUUUCGAGAAGAAUCCAGCCUCCAGUCUGCUCUCUGCUCCCCAGGUCUCAGGUGCUAUGACUGUCCUCCUAAAUCCUAUUCCUUCCUCUGUGAAGCCUGCCCCUUAGGAGAGGCAUGAGGCUCUGAUGCAAGCAAGGGGUGAUGGGUUGGAAAGGCCUAAGGCCAAGAACUCAAACUGCAGUCAUCCCCUUGGGACUACUGAGAGGAUGUUCCUUGCCUUACUCUCCGCCUCUGUCCAACCCUUAAAGUUUGAGGAAACAUCUCUCCCAGAUCCCUCUGAUUCCGGCAGGACUUACUUCCUGCCACUCCCCAGAGACUCUCCCUUCAAUAAGUCCUAACAUGUGUCCUUCCUGUUACCACCUCCAAGCCCCUGAUACACACCCACAACUUCAGGAACAUAUGUGUUUGACAGGUCUCACUAUGCAGUCUGCCUUCCCAAUGUCCCUAUAAUACUUAUAUAAUAAACU